AUUCCGGUCUGGUCAUCCGCCUAUUUUGCUUCGUGUCUUUAUUUCAAUUCGGUUCAAUUCAAAAACCGGUUUGGUUUAUCUCCAGUAAACCGAAACUUAAUUUUAUUCCCGCUCUUUUUGCUAGGCGUUACAGGCGACAUCACCGGAGUUUGCUACGGCCGCAACGGCAACAACCUCCCAUCUCCGGCAGAUACAAUAGCCUUAUACAAGAGCAACCACAUCGACGCCAUCCGCAUGUACGAGCCCUUCGCCGAUAUGCUCGAAGCGCUCCGCGGCUCAGGCCUCUCCGUCGCCUUCGGUCCGCGAAACGAGCAGAUCCAAUCCCUAGCACAAGACCCCGCCGCCGCAACCAACUUCGUCGCCACGUGGAUCCUCCCUUACAAAAACGACGUCGCAAUCAGAUGGAUCACGAUCGGGAACGAGGUCUUCCCGGGAGAGAUCGCCCCGUUCGUCGCCGCCGCGAUCAGGAACGUGAACGCCGCGCUGACGAGCUCCGGCGUCGCGGGAAUCUCCGUCACGACGGUGGUUGCUAUGAGCGCUUUGCAGAACACGUAUCCUCCCUCCGCCGCGAGUUUCCUCCCGGAUCUGACCGAGAUCAUGACGGAGAUCUCGUCGAUCCUCGCCGAGACCAACUCGCCUCUCAUGGCGAAUAUCUACCCGUACUUCGCCUACGCGUCGGAUCCGAAAGAUAUCUCUCUCGAUUACGCGGUUUUCAAAUCGAACGCUCCUGUAGUGAUCGAUGGUGGUUUUGAGUACAGCAACAUGUUUGUGGCGAUGGUUGAUGGAUUCAACGCGGCGCUGGAGAAGAUCAAUGCUGGUGGCGUGGUGGUGACGGUGGCGGAAUCUGGGUGGCCUACGGAAGGGAAUCCACCGUACACGAGCGUUGAUAACGCGAAGGCGUAUAAUUCGGGGCUUUUGACGUGUGGAGGGGGUGCGCGGAUGAGGACGCCUCGUCGGCCGGGGACGGCGGUGGAUGUGUUUUUGUUUGAGAUGUUUAGGGAGAAUCAGAAGCAAGGGCCGGUGGAGCAGAGCUUCGGGAUGUUUUCACCUGAUAUGACUCCAGUCUACCCUCUCUUUUGUCCCGCUUGAUUUUGAAAAACUAGCUUGUUGGUAGUAAUUUAUAGUUACUACUUAGACAAAGUA